AUGGUUAUUUACUACCGGAAAAAGUUCUACGCCAUUGACAAUGCUUGCUAUCACCAUGGUGGGCCACUCUUACAAGGUGACAUUGAGGACUUUGGAGGGCAUCUCUGCAUCGAAUGUCCAUGGCAUCGCUACAAAAUUGCCCUCGAUACCGGAGAGGGUCUGUAUGUUAGCCUUGAACUUCCUCCUUCCGGAGGAAAACCUAAAAGUACUAUUCGCUCGAAAGGGUGCAAGCAGCGGGUUCACAAGGUAUCGGUCGAUAGUCAAGGUGAAGUGUAUCUGAUUGUGGACCUCAGCGGUCCAUAUAUAGAAAGCGAUCGGUACGCAGCCAUGGCCAUUGCGAACAAAGAAGAGCCAACAUCUAUGCCUUCUGUGUACAAUAAAGCGAAUAGUAGUACAGACAUGAAUUCACUGAGUAAUCGUGAACCAUAUCAAGAGCUUCACAGCAGGAAUCCCUUAUCUGACACCAGCCGGGGUGAAAAAUUACUUAACCCGCUCUUAAGCCCCACAAAAAAUCACUUUGAUGGGCGUGGAUUUGUAAGAAGCAAACAGUGGAAUCGUUUUGGCGUUGAUCGGCCGCGAGGCGUCUCAAACGGAGAAUUGAUAGUGUCCUGCAACCGUAUAGAGAAUGUAGGUGAAUGUGUAUGCGAGUUUUUCUUUGUGCGUCGCUCUGGUACCUUGGAGCAGACCAUCAAGCCUGGACAAUUCGUUGAGCUUGAGCUUCCCGUGACAUCAACCUCGAACGCCUCUGCCCUGUGGCGCCGAAAGUGGACUGUUUGUACCGUAAACGUCGAGAGCUCACUGUUUUCACUCAUAGUGAGGGCAAACCGCAGCAACCCUGGUUGCGCUAGCAUGUGGCUCCAUAAUUACUCGCUACACGCACCGCUAAAAGUGCAAAGCAUUGGCGGCACCUGCACACUCAUUGAUCAUUUGCCCCGAAUCCGAGCGUUUCAAGGGCGAGUGCUGUGGUUGACAGCAGGAAUCGCCAUCACCAGUGCCUAUGCUGGCAUAUUCUCUGCGUUUUCUGACAUCAACCCCGUAAUACAAACCAUUCCGCAUUUGCACAUAGUACACCUACAUGUAGAUCGUUACAUUAAAUGCAUACCAAAGCUUAAGGACUUCGUACUGCACUCUUGUAGCAACCCCCAGAAAAUCAAUGGCACUACCGACAAAAAGCUUAUCUUCAAAGCCUUUCUAACCCAGCAGAGCGGACCAGCAGCUGCUGACAAUAAAGAAUGGGAAAGAUUUAUAACUUACGGUAGGCGGAUGCACACAGGUGACGUAGAAGAAACAGUUCAGCGUGAAUUUGGGAGUGCCGGUGGGUUUCUUGCAUAUGUUUGUGGACCGCUACAGUUCAUUGAGAAUUUUUCGGAGACUUUGGUGUCAAUAGGAGUGUCGGAGGCUGACAUUAUAAGAGACCAACUAUAA